AAAUAAAAUGUUGUUCCAUUCCAUACUGUCCAAUUUAAUAAUUGAAAGAAUCCAUUGAAUGACGUUCUGAGACCUUGGAGUGUUGUUAUCGGGAAGUGCAUUAGUGUAUUUGCCGAAAAAAUGUCCACGGAGAACGAAGAAACUGUAGAUAUUAAUGGUGCGGCGAACUCAGAGCCGAGCAAAGAAAAACGCAUCGGCUGCGCUCAUUACAAACGUCGUGCAAAGUUCGUGACACCAUGCUGCAACAAGGUGUAUGUUUGCCGGUACUGCCAUGAUGAGAACGAGCAGCACUACUUCAACAGAAAGUCUGUCACAGAGCUGAUAUGCACAGAAUGUGAUAAAAGACAGAAGGUGCAGGAAGAAUGUGAGAACUGCGGUGUGCGGUUUGGAAAGUACACAUGCCUGAUCUGCAACCUGUUCGACGAUGACGACAAGCGGCAGUACCACUGCGAGGGCUGCGGCAUCUGCCGAGUGGGGGGGCGCGACCGGUUCUUCCACUGCGAGCGGUGCAACAUGUGCUUACCUGUGCAACUGCAGCAAGUCGGACAUAGGUGCGUGGAAAACGUGUCCCGGUCGAACUGCCCCGUGUGCCUGGAGGACAUCCACACGUCCCGCAUCCCGUGCCACAUCCCGGACUGCGGGCACCUGCUGCACCGACCUUGCUUCGAGCAACUUCUGCACUCCGGACAUUACGCCUGCCCCACCUGCCAGACUAGCAUGAUCGAUAUGACUAAUUUAUGGAGCUAUUUGGACUCGGAAGUGGCAGCUACGCCGAUGCCGCCUGAAUACGCGGACUACAAGGCAACUAUUCUAUGCAAGGAUUGUCAUAAGCUAUCGACGGUCAAGUUCCACGUGGUGGGGCUCAAAUGCCAGCACUGUGGCGCCUACAACACGUGCCAGACCAACGGGUUCCAUAAGGACUCAAAUAGCACGCCAGCCGGCGACUCGUCGACUGCGACAUCAACGUCGACUAGUCGCAGCGGAUCGUCGUCCGCGACAUUCCCAGAAACGCGCGAAGAAACGCAGAACGAUGAACUGCCCCGCGCCAACCCAAUGGACGAGCCGCCGCAAGCUUGACACAUCAUGUAGGCUCUUGCGACGCGACUCAUCGCAACCAUCGCGAUUGUCGCACGACAAAUCGCAUCUUUUAUAAGGUGAUGUUGAUUAUUGUGUUUAUUUUACAAUCUGUGUAGAUUGUCGUGUCGAUCGUCCAAAAGUCGAAAGCAAUUUGACAUAUCUUGUGAAUUAUAUUUAUUUAAUUUUAUCGUCUAGUAACAUAUGGUUUUUUAGGAAUUAUUUCGUCUGGCAAUACCUAUAAUUAUUAACAUUCUGUGAAUAUUUGUAGCAUCUAGCUAAUUGAGGUUUUUUAUUGUAAUAUGAGAAAUAAAUGAAGCGUUGUAUCACUAACUAAAUAAAUAUUUGGCUAUUAUAAUUGUAAUAAUAUAAAACAGUAAUUUUUUUGAAGUAGGUCUGGCAACACUAGUGUUUGAUCCGACCUAGCUCAUAAGUUGCUCAUAGUUGUAAUAUAAUUAUAAAUCUGUCCAAUAUAUUAAGCGUUUGUUCUUCUACAGCCAACUCACCAAAGUACCGGAAACUGUUUUUUAAUUGAUUUUCAACUCUAUUUCUAAGUAAUUAGGUUUGCUUAUUCGUUAGUCUGAUGACAGCAAGUGCGAUUGCCGUUUAAAGAUUUUU